UUCGGUCCUGCAUCCUAGUGAGAACAUAUUAUUCAUUUAUUAUUUGAACAACGGCGAUACUGUGCUGAUAAGAGGAUUUAUAACUGUUAGCGCUAGAUUUUCAAAUCACCAUUUUCAGUGUUGUUGUCACCUGAAACUCGUUUAUCAUGGCAGCUUAUUACUGGGUAGAUACUCGUGCUCGCAAUGGAGUACCAUCCACUGCUCUACGUGGUGGUACUGACAGUGAUGGUGACGCAAUUUACGUUGGACGCGCUUUCCACGAAGGCGAUUGGCUACCAGCCAAAGUGAUUCCCAACAAAGAUGUCGCUUACAUCGCCUUCAGUGGUGAAGAACAUAGCAAAUAUGAAUACCAGGUACUUUGUGAGCAAAGAUUUGACUGGGUUCCUGCGAGGGAUGGUGAAAUUCCAGAAGGAGCAGUUGAAGGUGGAAGGACUUGUGAUGGAGAACCACUCUACAUUGGAAGGGCCCAUCAUCACGGUUCUUUGACAGUUGGAAAGGUUCACCCAAGCCAUGGUUGUUGCUACAUCCCCUAUGGUGGAAAGGAACAUCACUAUAACCAUUAUGAGAUCCUCAUUCUUAGACCUUGAAGGGAAUUGUGCACAUCAGAAAAUUGUAAAAUUCAUAUAUUCUAUGUAAUUAUUUAAAAAAAUACAUAAUAAUUAUUGAA